UUCAAGCUACUAAUGGAGACCUCUUCCCCUCCCUUCUCUCUCGUUCUCGUGCUCUUGACAUUAACCAGCGUUACACUGAUCACCUCCUCCUCCCCGUUUUCCAACUCAACUACUGAUCAAGACGCUCUCCUUUCCUUCAAAAGCGCCAUCAAUUUGGAGUCCGGUUCCAUCCUGGUCAGCAACUGGUCGACCAAUGCUUCCAUCUGUAGCUGGACUGGCGUUUCAUGCAGCCUCGACCACCAAAGGGUCACGGCCCUCAAUUUCUCCGGCUUCCUCCUCCACGGAACCAUCUCUCCACAUCUUGGAAACUUAACGUUCCUUCAGUCUCUGGACAUGAGCUCCAACAAUUUCACAGGUUCCAUACCCUCAGAGCUGUCCAACAUCCAAACGCUGCAGACUUUGAACUUAGCGAGUAAUCAGCUCGUGGGAGGUCUACCGAGUGCAGUCUUCACCAACAUGUCUAUGCUGGUAGAGAUCAACCUCAUGUUUAACAACCUAUCGGGCGAGCUCCCAAGUGAUAUAUGCAGCAAUACUCCGAAACUCAAGAUAUUACUUCUGAGCGGAAAUAAAAUUGUUGGAAAAAUCCCGAAGAGUAUAUACAAGUGCAGAGAGAUGGAAGAUUUGGGAAUAUCCUCUAACAAACUCAAUGGCAACAUACCAACUGAAAUUGGGAACUUGACGAAGCUUACCAAAUUAAGCAUGUAUUCUAACAAUUUGGAGGGAGAAAUUCCUUCAUCUAUCUUCAACAUUUCUUCUCUGGAAUUUGUGUACCUUGGUGACAACAUUCUUACUACAAGUAUCCCCAUUUUCAGCAGUUUAACCAGGCUUCAAAGAUUGUAUCUUGACAGCAACUUGAUUGGUAGCAUACCCAAAGAAAUUGGAUAUCUCACCUCCUUGCAGCAUCUAAUACUUAGUGAAAACAACUUGACAGGUCACAUACCAAAGCAAAUUGGGAACCUUACUAUGCUGAGAACGUUAUCUAUUGAUUCCAACAAUUUGACAGGUGAACUGCCGGAAGAGCUUGGUAAUCUCAAAAACAUCACACUUAUUCAAGCAUACAUGAAUGCUUUGAGUGGUUCCAUCCCACAUUCCAUACUUAAUCUCUCAACAUUGUCGGUAUUAUCUCUUCAGUUAAAUCAACUUUCCGGCAGUCUUCCUCCAAACAUAGGCCUCUCACUUGUCAAUCUCGAAGAGCUACAUUUAUCUUCCAAUAGACUCACAGGAGAAAUCCCAACCACUAUCAGCAAUGCUUCCAUGCUUACUUAUUUGCAGUUGAAUGAUAACUCAUUCACUGGCUCCAUUCCCCACUUUGAUAACUUAAGGUCACUCCUGGUCCUUCGACUUUGGGGAAAUAAUCUGACAGGAGCUGACUCUCCGGAUCAAGAACUCACAUUUCUCUCUUCCCUAACUAACUGCCCAAAUUUGGAGUACUUGGAGUUAUCUGAUAAUCCGCGGAUGAAUGGUGUCCUCCCGCCUUCGGUUGGGAAUUUAUCUGCUUCUCUCAUCAAUUUUCUAGCAUCUAACUGCAGCAUCCAAGGAGUUAUUCCUUCUGCUUUUGGAAAUUUGAGCAAUUUACAAACUUUGGAUUUAUCUACAAAUAAUCUCACAGGAUUCAUCCCGGCAACAAUGGGGAAGUUGAAGCAACUGUGGAAGUUAAACCUCUAUAAUAACCGGCUGGGCGGAUAUAUCCCUCGUGAUCUUUGUCUAAUGAGUAAAUUGAUGAACUUGGGAUUGCAUGGCAACAUGCUUGUAGGUCCGAUACCGGAAUGUUUGGGGGAAGUUAAAUCUCUAAGAAUGGUCAUGAUGAGCUCGAACAAGCUGAGUUCCACUCUCCCUUCGGAAAUCUUUGGUCUUGCAGACCUCAUAUUUUUGGACUUGUCUUCGAACAAUCUGAGUGGUCAACUUCCGUAUAUUGGAAGGUUGAAGACUAUUAACCAGUUAGACUUAUCCUCUAACGAGUUUUCAGGUUCUAUUCCUGAAUCAAUUGGCGGAUGUGAGUCACUUGUAUACCUAAAUUUGUCGAAAAAUACGUUUAAUGGUUCCAUCCCUCAGUCAGUGGGAGAGGCCAAAGGAUUGAGUAAAUUGGAUCUGUCCUAUAAUCACCUGUCUGGUUCGAUACCCGAGUCGCUUGGAAAGCUCAAGCUUGAGAAGUUGAAUAUGUCUUAUAAUGAUCUGGAAGGAGAAAUACCAGAUGAAGGUUGUUUUUCUGAGUUUGAUGCUCAGUCAUUUCUCAACAACUUCAGGGAACAAGUUCUUUUAGUGAGACAAAUCUCCUUGGUAAAGGAAGCAUCGGUAAAGUCCUCAAAGCAACACUAG